ACGGAGGAGAAAGACAUAAACAGAGAGAAAGCAAAGUUAUAAAAGGACACUCAACAUUCCAAAAUAGAGUGAGAUUCACUUUUCCUCUGUCAUUUUAUACAUUUCUUCUCACAGAGAAGAUUUUAAUAAAAGCAUGAUACAACGAGGGUCAAAGUCAAACAUUUCGCAUUAUUUAAAGAAACCAUACAAUUCCACAUGUCAAUAAAUGCAACACAAGGCAAUAACUUUCUCCAGAUCGUGGUGCACAUACAUAAAUUCGACUAACUUGUUGUGGUUGCUCAUUUGCUAAGUAAUUCACUAGGCACCAAAUACUCUACGGAAUCAUCAUGGCUAUGCGUGCUGGUGUCGGUGGUAGUUCUAAUUUCGGAACUGGAAACAUGGGGUUUUCACCCGGGUGGGCGGGGCUAUUUACUCUCGCAAUGUUGCUCUUUGUGGCCCUGGCCUGCUCUUGCUGUUGGUGCUGUGACUUGUUGGCCGUGUGGAAGCGAUGGUACUGCAAACACAUAGGAGGAGGGAGAAAGAGGUCAUCGUCGUCUUGGAAUCAUUUAGAGGACGGUGGUCGUGGUGGUGGGAUCGGAUUCGCAAAGACGGUGCCUAAUUUUUACGUAGAAGUCCCAGUUCACAGUAUUUGCAACAGGGCUGAUAAUCACUAUACAUUGUCCGACGAUGCGUCCUCUCAUUACUACCAAAGUAUAAAUUAUGAGCAAAUUGGUCCUAAAAAUUUGAAGUCUUCUUCGUCCGUUAGCAUAUCGCAAGAAAACUUGUAUUGUGAGAUUGACCCUACUUAUUAUUAAGUAGCAUGCUUAUGUAUUUACAUCAGCGGAGAAGGGAAAUUGAAAUUGUGGUCUUUAUAUGUCAAGUCUGAUUAAAAUUACUCUAUUGUAUCGUUACAUAUUGUUACACGUUUCGUAAGCAAGUAAUAAACAUGUCUGUGCCAAAUGUCAA